UUAUGACAGAAACUCCAACUAGUUUUUAGAGAAUAAAUGCAGACAUGAUAUCAAAAUUCAAAGGGUAACAUGUGACACUUGUUGGAAAAUUGAUUUAAAGUAAAGGUGAUUACGUUGAAUUUAGUGUAGAUGGAAGUAAAAAUAUGGCAUUAUGUAGCAAUUGUAAAAGUAACAGAGAUUGAGGAAGUUCCAGAAAGUAAUGAUGAUAUCCUUUUGGAAAUAAGAGGCAAAUUAAAUGAGGAAGGUUAUUUAGAAGCAAAAGAAUUUACAGAAUUAGAUCAAACAUUUGAUUUUGAACUAUAUAAGAAAGUGAUAAGUAUGGUUUAAGGACAAUUUAGAGAGUUAUUUUAUGACUGA